AUGUCCACCCCGUCAUCCUCCCGCGGCCCGGGUCCAGACCUGGGCUCCCAGAUCACCGCGACAGUGGUCAAGUUUCGGUGCAUGUUCACCCAUGACCUACGCCGCAAAUCAAAACGAUGGCAAGAUGGAUUCCUCCAAUAUCACAUGUUCAAUAAGCGAGGCAUGGUGUACGAUGAACAGGGAAACUACAUCGGCGAUUACCACUGGCGCUCAGCCGAGGAGGUGCAGGAAGGCGAUGAGUUUGAGCUUGAUAAAGGCGUGCUGGUUGAGGUGGGCGAGCGCAUGAGCACCAAACAGACAGAUCUGUCCAAUCUUUAUGAAAAGAGGAGAUCUAGCCAGACAUCACCCAAAUCCAGAGAUAAUCACCGCGGCUUAGACUCUCGACCGCCGCGUUCCUCCACCUCCACCUCCAUUUCCAAGCAUACGCCUACACACACAUCGCACACACCCACGUCCGUUCGGUCCUCGUUGAAUCCGUUUCGCUCCUUGAACGACUUGCUUGGGAUCAGGAAAACACCCAUUGGAUAUCGCGCGUCGCCAUAUGAGGAACGGCACGGGCUUCCGGCGACGGCGCCGACGCCAGAACGGGAACGGCCAACUAAGCGGGCAAGGACAUCAACGGGGACUACAACUGGUGUUGAACCUGACGUGGUGGAUUUGACAGAGCCUGAAAAUGGACUGCUUCAAUGUACGCCUGUCCGGGACACGCCACCCUUAAAGGAUGCCAUGCCGAUGCCACCACCGGGGAUAACAAAACCUGCAGCUGCAGCAAAGCCAAGACCUGAUCCUCCAGCACCAAUCCCCAUUCAAUCAGCUCCCGCAAGGCCGGCGCAUCAUACUCCUAUUACAGGUCGUGCUGAGGAUAAACAUACCGAGCGGCCUGCAGCGCGAAACCAACAUAAAGACACAACACCAGCUGUCCCAGAAGAUAUCCAUCACGAGAAACCCGCUGUUCACCGCAUAUCGAUGCAGAAACCCCGAAAUAAGUUCAUGUACAGCGCCAUUCAACAAUCGUCUUCAGUGCCAUCAACAUCCGCAGAGAACCUAAGACGCCAACCAAUUUCAAACUCCGCGUCCCAGUUAGUACGUCCCCAGCGACAGCAAAAGAUCAUCUUGCUGAUAGUAUCCAGUAAACAACCAACCCAACCCCAAACAAGCAAAGUAGAGUCAAUCAACACAGAGUUCCUGCCUUCGGAUGCCACCCAAUUUGCCCUCGAAGAUAUUUCUGCCCCAGGAUUUGAAAACGGACCGAGCCGAAAUCAAAGGCCGACCAAGGAACCGCGAAAUUUACCAGCGAAACGGUCUUUCGAUGCACCUCUUCGAAAGUCGCUUUCUGACCCAAGCGCUUUGACUAACAAGCCUAGUCUUCAGACAAGACCAACUUCUAUGCGGAAUGCCAUGAGUGUGGCUCCGGAGGAGCCUGAAGUCCGCGAAGAAGGUCCCUGGACUGCGGAGGCAAUGGAUCUAUUUGACUACUGGCCUCCUGGGCGACCGAAGCCAGUCUGA